CCCCUCCCCUCCCAUCCCGGCCGCUGCCCAAGUUCACCACCGCUGUUCGGCUGCGGUGUUGUGGAAAGUUUGGACGCGCCUUGGACGUUACAACCUGCCUUGUUAUUUGACUUUGGAGGACACGAAGUGGAUUUAACUGGAUAUUUUGUAGAGAUUAAAACUUUUUUUAUUCAAGCGCGUUGCAUUUUUCUUUGAGUUUACAUGGCGUGCUCCAACCAAGACUCGUCCCGUCUGUUGGUGACCGAACAGACGUCAACGUUACUCGCUCGCUCGCUUUGACUGUUGAAAUUAGACAUGAUCUCAACCCUAAAAGACAGUUUUAAUUAAAUGUAGGCCAAACAAAUUAUGUCGGGAGUGGUCCGCACCCUCAGCCGCUGUCUGCUGCCGGCUGAGGCGAGCCGAGACGCGGGCAGCAAGCAGAGCAGCCGGGGAAGGGACGCCGCGCAGGAGCGGGAGGCUCGUCGGAGAAGCCGGGAGAUCGACGCCAUGCUCGCACGGGAGAGAAGAGCCGUGAGGCGGCUGGUGAAGAUCCUGCUGCUCGGCGCCGGAGAGAGCGGAAAGUCGACUUUUCUCAAGCAGAUGCGCAUCAUUAACGGACAAGAGUUUGACAAGAAAGCACUGCUGGACUUCAGGGACACUAUUUAUGAAAAUAUACUGAAGGGAAUGCGCGUGUUGGUGGACGCCCGUGACAAGCUUGGCAUCAGCUGGCAAAGCUGCGAGAACGAAAAGCAAGGCAUGCUGGUGAUGUCGUGGGAGGGCCGAGCAGGCGCCGUGGGCGUCGAGCCCGGCGAGUUCCAGCUGUACGUGAUGGCGCUCAGCGCGCUGUGGCCCGACGCCGGCAUCCAGCAGGCUUACGCCAGGCGCUCCGAGUUCCAGCUGAGUGAGUCGGUCAAAUACUUCCUGGAUAACUUGGAACGGAUCGGUCAGCUGAGCUACAUCCCAAGCCGGCAGGACAUUCUUUUCGCUCGCAAAGCCACCAAGGGCAUCGUGGAGCACGACUUUGUCAUCAAGAAGAUUCCCUUCAAGAUGGUGGACGUGGGCGGGCAGCGGUCGCAGAGGCAAAAGUGGUUCCAGUGCUUCGACGGAAUCACCUCCAUCCUCUUCAUGGUGUCGUCGUCCGAGUACGAUCAGGUCUUGAUGGAGGACCGUCGCACCAACCGGCUUGUGGAAAGCAUGAACAUCUUUGAGACCAUCGUCAACAACAAACUCUUCCUCAACGUCUCCAUCAUCCUCUUCCUCAACAAGACCGACCUACUGGUGGACAAGAUCCGGACUGCCGACAUCCGCAAGAACUUCCCGGAGUUCAGGGGAGAUCCGCGCCGGCUGGAGGAUGUGCAGGCGUUCCUGGUGCGCGUUCAGAGCCGCAAAAGGAGAAACCGAGGCAAGCCGCUCUUCCACCACUUCACCACGGCGGUGGACACCGAAAAUAUCCGCUUCGUCUUCCACGCAGUCAAGGACAACUCCCUACAGGAGAAUCUCACGGAUAUCAUGUUGCAGUACACUCAAACAUUCUUGAUUCUUGAGAGAAAAGGAAACCCGGGAACCCUAACGGUGCUGGAUUGAGACCCUGUGAGCGAGUUGAGCGGACACUCUAAUGUGCAUCUAGGGACAACCUGUGGAGCUGUGACCCAACCCAUUUCAGACCACGCACUUCCCUUUCUUACUUUUACAAAUUGAACAACACAAGCGCUCAAAGUGUUUGGUUGCUCUGGACGUCUUAAAGACUAAUGCCAACACAGUCACUAAAUCAAGUCAGGAGCGGAGCGGGGGAGCUCCACAUGAACUAACAUGUGGGCCUCGUGGUCAUAUGCUGCGUUAUGUGAAGUGUCCCGCAGUCAGUGAACUUGCAGCAAGGGUAGAGUCGAUGAUUAUGAUUCACGUCGGAUUGGUCUUCCUCCGCUUGUAUUUGUUGUUCCUUUAUGUGUGCCCAAAAAAAAAAAAAGUACCAACUCUCUAGACAGCAGCACUGUAAAUGUACAACUAACCCACAUGGCACAGCGUUUUGUUUUUUAUUUUGAAAUCAUGUAAAUAGAUGUCGUCACAGCACUGAUAUAUGCUGAGACAAAAAGGACAAACCAUGGAGUGAAAGAAAAAGGAUGAAAAAACAGGACGAAGACAUGAUGGAGAAGACAUGUGUUCCCCCUCGUUUUUGACCUUCUUUAUUUUUUUUGGUUUUUUAAAUUUUGGGUGCCUUAUGGCUCUGUAUUUUGUGGUGAAAUACACUGCUGUUUGCCCAAAA